AUGAAUCUGGGUUACUACCGUGGCAACUACACAUAUAUAGGGCUCUCCAUCAUAGUCAUUGCCGCGCUAUCGAGCCCUAUUUUCUAUGUGAUCUACGCGUUGUUUUUCUUCGCCUUGCAACGGAUCAAGUCUCAGCCAGAGAUAUGUAUAGGCGAGCUGCACCUAGACCGACCGCAGGCGGGGCUGUUGCUGGUGGUGGUGACUCUGUUUCUGCUGCUGGUCUUUGGCGGUGAGACCUUCUUCAAGGCCAUUCUGCUGUCGCUGGUGCUGGCGUUGCUGCACGCGACCUUUCACAAACGGCCCGUGCACGCCAAAGUGGCGUCGUUCUGGAAUGAUCUGUGGGGGACUGAGGAGACCAAUCCCGUGGAAGACCUGGUGUCCGAGUCCGAGGGCAUGGUGUCCAAUAUGAUGGACCGGGUGUACAAGUAUUUGGACGCCUCUGGCCCUGAUUCUACCCGGCCACAACCCCCGGCGUACGUGGAUGUGACAGGCAACGGACAGGCACGCAGCGCUGCGUAUAAGCAGCCGCCAUCCCCGCGCGUAGCUGUGCCUGUGGGGCAGCGUACCCGAGCAGCAACAGACAGUGAUGUCAAUGGCAGUAGUAAGAUACCACACAAGGACAGCCCCAGCGCCACACUCGGCAGGUCCAACAGUGUGAAAAGAUUCACCAAGACAGCCACGUACACACGGCCUGUCAGCAGUGUCGGCAACAGUGUCAGGAUACUGAGCUACACCUGCCUGGAGCAAAGGUCUGAUAGGGCAGCAUACGCCACAUCGCCACAACAUGGGCGUAAAACACACAACCACAGCAGGGAUGUGCACAACAUGUUCAUAAGCAUACACGGCAGUACGAAUGAGGAGAAUGAGUGA